AUGAAUAAACACAAGCGAGUUCCUUCAGCAAUUCCACAUAUCAAAAAAGAGUUUCUUGAAGACGAGCCUGGAAGAUUUCUCAUCUCCCAAGGAGUUGGCAAAGAGCAAAGCUCUUCUUCAAUGAAUUCUUCCUCGAGCUAUGAAGCCGUUCAGCACAACUUCGUCGUCCCAUUUGACGAAUUUAAACAAAAAACUCUGGAAUUUCUAAAAAACCAAAACUCAAAGCCACCAUUAAAACCUACCCCAGGAAACCCUUCAUUAAACUCUUCAUCAAGUGAGAACUCAAGCUUCCACAACCCCAAACAGCCAGCUACACUAUAUCCGCUUGGGGAAAAGUCUUGUGAGGAUUCUUCUGACUCACAAAAACAUUUUAGGACGAAAAGCUGCUUAAAUCCAAGAGGGGAGUUGUCAGCUGCUAUGAAAGAUAUACAGGAAUAUCAAACGGCACACCAAAAGAAAUUAGAAUUCAUCAGGAAAGACGUAAAGCAGCAGCUGUUACAGAUGGUUAUGCAACAAAACCCAUCUGAUAUAGAUACUGAUAGGAUGCCUGAUUUAAGAGAGUCAGUUGAGUCGACAGAAACCUUGAGUGGCCCGGGAAGUUCGGUAAAUCAAAUAGACGAAAUGAGCUGGGUGAAGCUAGAUAACUCUAUUGAGCACUCAGGAAUUGACAAGCGUGUUUCUUCGAUUUUAAAGAAAAUUGAUUCGUGCUAA